AUGGGGCGCAUCCUGGCGCUGACUGCCUUCGCGGGGCACGCUGUGCACACCCAGGGGUUGAAGAUCUUGUCCAACUCGAGCAUCGUCUCGCUUGCCUGCGCGGGCCUGUCGCUGGAGACCUUCGAGGACUUCGUGAGGGAGUACGGGAAGGAGUACUCGCCCGAGGAGUACGGCACGCGCAAGGAGCUCUUCAAGAGCCGCAUCGCGCACAUCGCCGGCCACAACUGUGCCGACAGGCACCUCUGGAGUGCCCAGGUCAAUCACAUGGCGGACUGGACCGAGUCAGAGCUGCUAUCCCUCCGCGGCUACAAGCCGUCCGCCUCCUCGUCGACCCAGAGAUCCUUGCCCCUGACGAACUUGCGCCUUGCGCGCUACUCGGAUGAGCUGCCCGAGUAUGUGAGCUACGGCCACCUGGCGUCCAUCAAGCGCCCCGCCGAUCAGGGCCAGUGUGGAUCCUGCUGGGCGUACGCCGCCGCCGCGACGCUCGAUGCACACAACGAGCUCAACAACGGGUCGCACCAGUUCUCCGUUGGCCAGAUCCUAGCCUGCACCCCCAACCCCAACCAGUGCGGCGGCUCCGGCGGCUGCGAGGGGGCCACCGCGGAGUUGGCUUUCGAGUACGCGCUGCAGGCCCAGGUCGUCAGCAAGGCGGAGUUCCCCGCGGACAAGACAGGGAAGCAGCCCGCCUGCCCCGAGGACAAGCGGCCCUGGGGCGCCCUCGCUCGCACGGGCGUCGGCACGCAGGCCGUGCUCAUGCCCGACGGCUCGGAGAAGCACAUGAUCCACGGGAGCAGCGACGCGAGCCUCAUGAUGGGCCGCAGGACCGGGCUGCUGGGGUGGACCAAAUUUCCAUCGAACAAGGAGGCAGAGCUCGUUCACGGCCUCGUCAACUACGGGCCGGUUGCCAUCGCCGUAGCCGCGGGCCCUGACUGGAACUGGUAUUUCCACGGCAUCCUGACGCCGGAUGGUUGCGACAGCAAGAACGUGAUCAGCCACGCGGUCGUGCUGUACGGCUACGGGAAGUCCAUGAACGUCAAGAUUGGCGAGGUCAAGUACUGGCAGAUAAAAAAUUCGUGGGGGCGAAACUGGGGCGAGGACGGCAGCAUGCGCCUCCAGCGCGUCGAGGAAGAGGAGCUGCGCUGCGGCUGGGACAACUCCCCCGAGGUGGGCUCCGGAUGCAAGGGUGGCCCGAAGCAGGUCUGGGUCUGCGGCUCCUGCGGCAUCCUGUUCGACACGGUCAUGCCGAUUUUCAGGAUGUGA